AUGCCACCUACUCAAUCAUCAUCUCACCUGGUGGAUUGCCACCCACAACCACGUCCCUCCCAACCCGAAAUCCAGCCAGGCGCCUACAACCCGCUGUCCCCCGACUACUUCUGGGACACAGCAUACACAUUCCCUUCCCCCAUGGCAACUACACCCCUCCCCGUGGUCAUCAAAGCCACCCACAAACCCACAAUGUCGGCGGCAACCCACACCGCCGCCAAAGCAGCCACCCCUCCCCACGCCCCGGGUAGUCAGCAACCCCAUCUUCGCAACCGCUGCGCAAAGCCUGUUAAAGGCCCUGUAUUCGGCAACGCUCGCGGACCGCCACCCGCCAACCCUUGGGGUGGCGACGUCUUCGCCAGGAUCAAGGCUGAUGAUGAGGUUGUGAGGGAGCGGGCAAAUGAGGAGAUUGAGAGGGAAGGGGGUUUGUUCCGUCCCAAGAUGACGCAGACGUGGAGGGGUGGGGGUGGGAAGAAGGUAAUUGAGGUGUUUGAGGAGGAGAUGGGGGAGUGA